UAACGUUCAACUUGAAGGGCAAGGGAAUCCACGAACAGAAAGGCAAGAUUUGAACCUAUGCAAGGAUUGGCAACCGUGGCGCCCAACCAGCGUCCAAUAUCCGGCGUCCGAUUUCGUUCUUCCGCGAGCUAGCGCUCGCAUAGCGGGUGGGGGUCAAAGAUACGCAGAGACGGGCUGCUGGUGGCGAAGAUGGCGGACGGGGACAGUGGAAGUGAGCGCGGAGGAAGCAGCGGCGGUGGCGGCGGAGGAGGAGGAGGGGGUGGCGGCGGAGGUGGUAGCGGUGGCGGCGGCGGCGGCGGCUUCGGGCAUUACCAGCGGGAGCCCGAGACGCAGGAGCUGGCUUCGAAGCGGCUGGACAUUCAAAACAAACGCUUCUACCUUGACGUGAAGCAAAACGCCAAAGGCCGGUUCAUUAAAAUCGCCGAGGUCGGCGCCGGGGGCUCCAAGAGUCGGCUGACGCUGUCCAUGUCGGUGGCGGCCGAGUUCCGCGACUACCUCGGGGAUUUCAUCGAGCACUACGCCCAGCUGGGGCCUAGCACUCCGGAGCAGAUCGCCCAGUCGGCGGGCGGCGAUGACAGCGGGCCUCGGCGGGCUUUGAAGAGCGAGUUCUUGGUGAGAGAGAAUCGCAAAUACUACCUCGACCUAAAGGAGAACCAGCGGGGUCGCUUCCUCCGCAUCCGCCAGACGGUCAACCGAGGCCCGGGCUUCUCGGUCGGCGCGGGGGGCAUCCCCGGCAUGCAGGCCGGCCAGACCAUCGCCUUGCCGGCCCAGGGCUUGAUAGAGUUCCGCGACGCCUUGGCCAAGUUGAUCGACGACUACGGCGGCGACGACGACGAGCUGACCGCCGGCGUCGGCGCGGGAGGGGCGGUGGGCUACGGCGACCUCCCGGAGGGCACCUCCAUCAUGGUGGACUCCAAGCGUUUCUUCUUCGACGUGGGCUCCAACAAGUACGGCGUGUUCUUGCGGGUGAGCGAGGUGAAGCCCAGCUACAGGAACUCAAUCACGAUACCCUUCAAGGCCUGGGCCAAGUUCGGCGGAGCGUUCAGCCGCUACGCCGAGGAGAUGAAGGAGAUCCAGGAGCGCCACCGGGACAAGGGCUUCGAGCGCCGGGCCCCGGCGGAGGAGUCCGAGGGCGACGACGUGGACGACGAUUGACGGACGAACGACUCACGGAUAACUUUGUUUCUUUUCAUACUCCAGAUGACAACAGCUGGGAGAUAAACGAGAGCGAGAGAGAGGAGCGACCAUUACCUGCAUGACGAAUCGGAACUAUUUUCAAACGCGGAAGUCAAAUGAAAUAUCUAAAACUGAGAAUUUAGUGUCUAUAUAGUGCUAUAUAACAAGAAAAAGCUUAGGUGGAUGUUCUAGAAAAAGUCCUGUAUAUGAGAUGCCUCUAUUGAUUGAGAAUAUCUAUAUAUGAAUAAAUAUACAUUGAUUGUACAUUUGAUAGAAGUUCAGCUCAAGACAGAUCACUGCGGUUGUAUUUCCUGGUUAAAAGCCCAUCAGAGGAGCUCACCUGACUUGUAGUCUCAGACAGAAGAUGCUCUUUACUGGAGAGCCAAUCAGAGGAGCUCACCUGACUUGAAGUUUGUGGCCCCCCACCCCUGGUGACGAACUGGCGUUCAUUUACACCCGAGGUUCCACUUUCUGCUCGAGAGCAAAUCAAACACUCAAGUAGGUUCUGGAUCCCUGGCAACAGAGUCCAUUCCUCUGUGAAAGGGUUGCAAGCACAUACUUUACCGGCAAAAAACAAAACGAUGGCUGUCCUCCUUACCCCAGCCUUGGGAAGGUCAUUUUGACUACAGAGUUGACAACAUUGGCGCAACCCAAUUUUUUCUGGGGCUCUCCAGUCCUGUGGGAGUUUUAUUUGUGCGCGCGUGACAUCCACGCUAACUAAUGACAAGCCUCCACCCGAUUGGCUCCCCAAUUUUCAGGUUUAUUGUGGUCCUUGUUAGAUUAGGUGCUUUUGGGGGGGACACAACAAGGGUGCUGUACUAAAGUAUUUAAAAAUAAGUAUACAUAGAAUUAUUUUUCAAAAAGAGUUUUAUUGAAUUACGUCUCAGAAAUGUAAGACCUUUAUUAUAAAAGUGGCCUAUUAAAAAAAGAUUUUUAUUUCCCAGAAAGCAGGGUUUCCCAAACCGAGGGUCAUUCUGGAUCAUGGCAGGGUGUUCAUGUUCUAGUGCUGUAAUGUAUGUGCUGUAACAUUUGAUAUGUUAAUAUUGGAUAAGAAAGUACAUGCUGUCUAUGGAGUUGGCAAUCCACAACUUUGAUGAAAACCACAAUAUUUUCCCCCCUUUUUUGACAAAGAUUUGUCUUCAUCUUGGAACUGUAUAAUGCUAUUCUUGUAAAACAUAAAUUAACGACUUUUAAAGAAAA